AUGAAUCAAAAUUUAGAUGGACAUUCAAAUAUUGUCCACAUAGCGGUGUGGAAUGAAUGUUAUCAAAAGUUAACAACAUGUGAUAGCAAUGGCUUGAUAGUUGUUUGGUUAACACAAAGUGAUACGUGGUAUGAAGAAAUGAUCAACAAAAGGAAUAAAUCAACUGUGGUUGGUAUUGUAUGGAAUCAUAAUGGUACUAAAAUUGCUAUCGCUUAUGAGGAUGGGCAAGCAAUUGUUGGUUCGGUUGAUGGAAGUCAUUUAUGGAAUAAAAAUGUUGCCAGCAAUUUGGUCGCACUUUGUUGGUCAGGUGAUUCAGUAUUGGUAUUUUUCGGUUUGAUAGAUGGCGAAAUACAUUCAUAUGAUGCAACAGGUGCAUUUAUACAUAAGUUACGAAUGUUUUCUAUUGAAAAUGUUGAAUUGGAAACAGCUCUAAACAAAGAUUUAAGCAUUACAAUUGUUUCGAUGGAAUGGUUUAGUCCAUUAUCUCAAUCAAAUAAAUAUCAGGCUAGUUUUGGCUUAUUGAUUGUUAAAUUUUCGGUAUCACGACGAAUUUAUAUCCCGGAUGAUCGACCGCGAUUUCUUGUUGCAUACAAUCAUGGUAUGGUACAAUUGAUGAGACAUGAAAAUGAUUCAAAUCCGGUCAUCAUCAAAUUACCAAAUAUGAUUCUUAGUAAGGCUCGCUGGUCACCGGAUGGUUCAAUGAUUGCAAUUUGUGGUUUACAAACCGAUUCGGAGGAUGAAAAAUGUGUAGUACAUUUCAUUAAUGGUUAUGGCGAGCACUUAAGAAAUUUGUCAAUACCAGGACAAGGAAUUGCUGAUAUAUCUUGGGAGAGUGAUGGCUUACGACUUUGUGCAGCGGUUGACAGCCACUUAUUUUUUGCUAACAUUCGACCAGAUUAUAAAUGGGCCUAUUGCGGUCAAGCGGUGAUUUAUUCGUUUGAAAGAAUGGAAAGCAAAGAGCAUUGCGUGGUAUUUUUUCAAAUAAAUCUUGAAGAAGUUUAUUUGCAAUACGCAAAACCUAUCGUUGCAUUAGCUGCAUCCGAUGAACAUUGCAUUCUAAUAUCACGUGUUGAGAAUCAGUUAGGCCAGUAUCUCAUGCAAAUUUGCAAUGCUAUCGGAACAACAAUCGAUUCUAAAUAUCUUAAUUUUGAGCCAAAGCAUGUAGUAAUGAAUGAUUCUGAAAUUGUCAUCGCCAGCAAUUUAUCAUUCACUAUUUGGCAGUAUAAUAAUCCAUGUGCUAUUAAUCGUACAGACAAUUUAAGUGCUGAUAAUUCAAUUCAAAGCGAUCAAAAAUUGUACUACAUUGAUGAAACUGAUGAAAUCGAUACAGCUUCAUUUGAUCUCAUCCGAAGACGAUCACAACAACAAAAGGAUGAAAUAUGCGCGAUAGGAAUCUCAAAAAAUUUUAUUAUUGUUUGUCGAAAUUCUGGAAUGGCUAAUUAUUAUUCAUUACCAGAAGUAACAUUGCAAUCAACUUUUAAUUUGGGUUGUUGUGUAGAAAAAUUAGAAUUGAAUUGUAAUGGAACACGAUUAGCUGCACUUACGGUCAAAGGAUUAAAAUUAUUCGAAUUACGCAAUAAUACCAUAAUAUCAUUAUAUCUUGAGCGAAGCGAUGUUUGGAAUAUUAAAUGGGAUUCGGAAAAAGAUGAUACGAUAGCAGUAAUGGAAAAAACGAGGCUUUAUGUUAUACGAAAUAAAGAAAUUGAAGAACCAGUUUUUAACAACGGUUACAUAUGCUCAUUCAAAAAUCUUAUUGUCCGUACCGUACUUCUCGAUGAACUGAUGAAAAAUCCUGAAACACCUCAUAAAUCGUUUAUUAUUGAUGUCGAAAUUAAGCUGCUUCGAAAUGUGAAAAGUCUCUUAGAGAAGAUGAAAAUUCAAGAAGCAACAGCAUUUAUUGAAAAAAAUAAUCAUCCCAAACUAUGGGCAUUAUUAGCUGAGGUAGCAUUAAAUCGUUUGGAUACAGUUGUUGCGGAACAUGCAUUCGUCAUGUUGAAAGAUUAUGCCGGAAUACAGCUUAUCAAACGGGUCAAUGCUUUACAACAUGAUGGCUUCAAAAAAGCUGAAAUAGCAACAUUUUAUGGAUAUAUCGAUAAGGCGGAAAAAAUUUACAUGGAAAAUGAUCGACGUGAUUUAGCAAUUGAACUUAGAGAAAAAAUGAAUGAUUGGUUUCGAAUUGCGGAAAUUUUGCAAAAAAGUAAACAACCAGGUGAUGAUGAAUUAUUGAAGAAAGCAUGGAAUCAUAUCGGUGAUUAUUAUGCUGAACGACAAAAAUGGAAACAAGCAGAAAGUUAUUAUGAAAAAGGAGAAAAUCAUAAGCAAUUGAUUCGGUGCUAUCUAAUGGACGAUAAUUAUGAUAGUAUGGAAUUGUUGGCAAAGCAUUUACCAGAUGGAGACAAACUUAUCGCAGAAAUAGGUGAAAUUUUUGUCGGUGCUGGUUUAUGUGAACAAGCGGUACAAUGUUUCGUACGGUGUGGUAUGUUUAAUGAAGCAUUAGAUGCUUGCAUACAAUUGAAUCAAUGGGAACAAGCGGUUCAACUGUCCAAGACGUAUAAUCUACGUGAUAUUCACUUACUGCUUAACCGUUAUGCUGAACAAUUGACAGGAAGUAACGAGAAAACAUUAGCAGCCAUACAACUUUAUCGAAGAGCUGGAAAAUAUUUGGAAGCAGCUCGUAUUAUUUUUGAUAUUGCAAAUGAUGAACGUAUGAAGCAAGCUGAAGUUUUACGUUUAAAAAAACUUUACGUAAUGGGAGCUCUUCUUGUUGAACAGUAUCAUGAACAAAGUAAAUCAGGAAUUGCUAAGGAGUCAAUAAAUAAAUCUGAUGCAGAGAUAGCUCUAAAAGGAUUACUAGAAAUAGAUUGCAAAAUUUCACUUGUUGAUAGCUCUCUUAUUGAUAAUGCAUGGCGUGGUGCUGAAGCAUUCCAUUUUUAUAUGCUUGCACAUCGGCAACUCUACAACGGUGAUAUGGAUAAAGCAAUGAUAACAGCUUUACAUUUGACGGAUUAUGAAGAUCUCAUCGAUCCGGCCGAAAUUUAUUCCCUUCUUGCUUUAUCGAGUUGCGCUGCGAGACAAUUUGCAGUAUGCAGUCGUGCAUUCAUCAAAUUGGAAAGUUUAGAAACAUUUACAGCAGAUGAAAAGGAAGCUUAUAAAAAACUUGCGAUAAAAAUUUUUACUAAAUAUCCACCAAAAGAUACGCGAAUGAAUAAAGUGGAAUGUACGGGAUGCUAUGCACAAAUUGAAGAUUAUUGCCAAGUAUGUCCAUCGUGUGAUAUUAAAUUUCCAACAUGUGUGGUAACCGGUCGACCGCUACUUGGUCAUCAAUUUUGGUUUUGCCUGACCUGUAAACAUCGUGCCUAUGAGCGGGAAAUUAGUUUGUUGCAAUUUUGCCCAUUAUGUCAUGGGAAAUUAUAA